GCAGAGCAAAAUUCAGUUGGUGGUGCAGUAAGGGGGAAAAACGAAACGUAACAUAUACUAAAUGGAAACGGAGCGUCUCGGAUUUACCUACAGAAUAAUACGACAUGCUCUGAGAUCACGUUGAGGGAGGGAUUCCCUUGUGGGAAAGACACUUUUAUUUUGUGGAAAGCACCACCACCACCACCACUACUGCUGUUGCCACGCGUCGGACGCAGCCUCACGCAGUGGCACGGUGAUCCCCUGAUUCCCUCAAUUCCCUGAUGUGUCAGCCAAAGUCCAUGCCAGGAGGGUGUGAGAUGGCACUUGAUGGCCUUCAAUGGAGCUGAAGACAAGUUGAAUACAAGGGCCUCCUGCUCCCGGUCAUCAACCUUCACUAUUCGAGCCAAGUCAGCAGUGUUUCAUACUGCUAACAGUCACACUACUCCCCUCAGGCCCAGAGAGAAGAAGCCCCUCCAGUCCUCUGCCAGUGUCCCCCGGGUCGCCAGGGACUCUAUAGGUCAGCUGAAUGACAGGGUGAAUCAGACUCAGAAGAACCAGCUCCAAUGUGCCUACAACCGUUCUGUGCCUACAACCACUAACCCAGGUGACAAGCCACAGCGUCCUGGUAGCGCGGGUGCUAAUUUAGCUAAUGGUCAUAGUAAUGGUCGCUGUCAACCAACUGUUCUCUCUAAGAGUACACAGCUGUCCGGUGCUGCCGUUAUCUCAUACAGACAUAACGCUGGUGUGUUGGAGCCAACCGUGAACAGCUAUCGACCCAGCUGGAACUUGGACUCACUGAAGUUAAGAUCACGGAUCCUGGCCCGCAAAAGAGCCUUGUCACCCCAGCCUGCUCCCUACCCAACGUGUCCCUCUCCACCAAAGGCAGAACGUGUCCCAGACUCGCAGAACAACGCAGCGCCCCAGCCUGCUCCCUACCCAACGUGUCCCUCUCCACCAAAGGCAGAACGUGUCCCAGACUCGCAGAACAACGCAGCGCCCCAGCCUGCUCCCUACCCAACGUGUCCCUCUCCACCAAAGGCAGAACGUGUCCCAGACUCGCAGAACAACGCAGCGCCCCAGCCUGCUCCCUACCCAACGUGUCCCUCUCCACCAAAGGCAGAACGUGUCCCAGACUCGCAGAACAACGCAGCGUCACAGCCUGCUGAAAGCACCAGCAGCACCAGCAGCAGCAUGCCCACCAACCAGUCAGUCCCCUGGACCAGUGGCAAACUGAGAGACAAUAGCAAAGGGGUUAUGAGGCCCACUAUGGGUAAAGUGCCUUCCCGUCCCAGACAGGAGACUACCCAGACAAGAGACUCAGCAAAACCUUUGUCCCCCCUGACCCAGUCAGCCUCCUAUUGCCGAGGGGGGGGCACACUCCACCCCCCCAACACUGUGCCUUUGCAGGAUAAGUCAUCCCACCACCAGGAUGUGGAUCAGAUAUGGAGGCUCCAGGACCCGCGUCAGUUUGAGAGCCUGAUGGCAGCAGACAUGGAGGGUCACCCCCAGGAGAUGGGGUGUUGUGCUGCUGGCCAUGGGGCUCCUGCUGGCCAUGGGGCUCCUGCUGGCCAUGGGGCUCCUGCUGGCCAUGGGGCUCCUGCUGGCCAUGGGGCUCCUGCUGGCCAUGGGUCUCCUGGAGCUCCUCAUAACACAUCAACAGAGACGGUCAGGAAGGUCAGCUCUGAGGUGGAGUUUACUGAGGCGGUGAGGAAGCUGACACAGUCACGGAGCGCGUUCACCCUUCAUCCCAGGAACGGGACUGUUAACGGUGUUACUACUGGAACACCAGGGUCCAGCGUGGAUCCAGUCAAGAUGGGCAAAGCCAUGACUACUAGCCCUGUCACCUCUGUCAGCCACAGGCCUGCUCCAGCCAAACCCUCUGUACCACUCUGCCUUACUAAGAGAGGCCAGGAGACGGAGCCCUCAGUCUCUCCUGUGUCCAUGGAGACCUCCAGUGCCUCCAGCCUCGACAGCAACACCACAACAAACAGUGGUAGCACAACAGCCUCCAUGGCACCUCUACCCCAUGCAGGGAUAACUCCAACCCAGUCCCCUACCCAGGCCAGUGCCACAGCUAGUUUUAGUGCAGGGAUAACUCCAACCCAGUCCCCUACCCAGGCCAGUGCCACAGCUAGUUUUAGUGCAGGGAUAACUCCAAACCAGUCCCCUACCCAGGCCAGUGCCACAGUUUGUUCUAGUGCAGGGAUAACUCCAACCCAGUCCCCUACCCAGGCCAGUGCCACAGCUAGUUUUAGUGCAGGGAUAACUCCAAACCAGUCCCCUACCCAGGCCAGUGCCACAGUUUGUUCCAGUGCAGGGAUAACUCCAAACCAGUCCCCUACCCAGGCCAGUGCCACAGUUUGUUCCAGUGCAGGGAUAACUCCAAACCAGUCCCCUACCCAGGCCAGUGCCACAGUUUGUUCCAGUGCAGGGAUAACUCCAACCCAGUCCCCUACCCAGGCCAGUGCCACAGCUAGUUUUAGUGCAGGGAUAACUCUAACCCAGUCCCCUACCCAGGCCAGUGCCACAGUUUGUUCUAGUGCUAGUUCCAUCCCAGAGAACACUGAGACAGGUUCUGAGUCCGCCUCAGGUUCUCCUCAGAGUCAGAGGCCUUCUGUCACCUCGGUGACCACCCAGAUAUCAGCCAUACACCUGACCAAGGAGAGGAGUGUCCUGUCUCUACAGGGGGGGCACAGCCACAGCCCCUCCCAGUCCCCACCUGUCCUGGAGGAAGAACCUCAGCUCUCCAGUCCACAGAGUGUUGCCAUGCAGGGGGAUGGCGCCAGAGGGGAAGAGGACUAUCCUGAUAACGAGCUGGAGAAUGACUGCAGUGGUGAUGAAGGGUCUGACUGCUCCUCUAUGAAUGAUGCCUGGUCCACAGCCUCCAUGCCCGUCCUGCCAAACAUAGCGGAUGAGGGGGAGCUGAUGAGCUCUGAAUCGGAGGAUGAGGGGGAGCUGAAGCCAGCUCUCGUCCCCAGCAUGUUCCCCUUCCUCCCUCCAACGCUGUACUUCAGCACUGCCAACCAGAGAGUGGAGCCCCUGCCACCGGAGCAGAGGAAGCUGCUCAAAUGGAAGAUGAGCACUGUGACUCCCGCCGUGGUCAAACACACCAUCGCCAGGUCACACUUCAAAGUCACCAAGAAAAGUCAUGAUUGGCUUGGCUGCUGGGGUCACCAUAUGAAGUCCCCUGGGUUCAAGGCCAUCAGGGAAUACCAGAAGUUGAACCACUUCCCCGGUUCGUUCCAGAUAGGUCGUAAGGACCGUCUGUGGAGGAACCUGUCGAAGAUGCAGGCUCAGUUUGGGAAGAGGGAGUUCAGCUUCUUCCCCCGCUCCUUCGUUCUCCCUCAGGACAUCAAGCUGCUGAGGAAGGCCUGGGAGGACAGUGGUAGCAGGCAGAAAUGGAUCAUCAAGCCGCCUGCGUCUGCUCGGGGGAUUGGAAUCCAGGUCAUUCACAAGUGGAGUCAGAUGCCGUGCAAGAGACCACUACUGGUGCAGAAGUAUCUCCACAAGCCCUACCUCAUCAGUGGGAAUAAGUUUGACCUACGUAUCUAUGUGUACGUGUCAUCUUACGACCCGCUCCGGGUUUACAUCUUCCAAGACGGACUUGUCCGCUUCGCCAGCUGCAAAUAUUCCUCUUCCAUGAAAAGCCUUGGCAACAAGUUCAUGCACCUCACCAACUACAGCGUGAAUAAGAAGAACUCUGAGUAUCAGAGCAACGACAGUGACAAGGCCUGCCAGGGGCACAAGUGGGCUCUGAAGGCGUUGUGGCAUUACCUGGGUUCUAGGGGGGUCAACACUACGCUGAUCUGGGAGAAGAUCAAGGACAUCGUCAUGAAGACCAUCAUUGCGUCUGACCCGUAUGUGAACACGCUGGUCAAGAUGCACCUGCGCUGCCCCUACAGCUGUCAUGAGCUGUUUGGCUUUGACAUCAUGCUGGAUGAGAACCUCAAGCCUUGGGUGCUGGAGGUCAACAUAUCACCAAGUCUCCACUCCAACACAGCUCUGGACGUGGCCAUUAAGGGUCAGAUGAUCAGAGAUGUGUUGAACCUGGCUGGUUUCAUUCUGCCCCAGAAAGAAGAGGUGCUUCCCUCCUGCAGCUCCACCAGCAGUCUGUGUGGAGGGACACGGGAGAGAUCCAGACCUGAGAUUUCUACUGAUGAGAAAGUCAAGCGGGCCUUCUACCUGAGCCAGCGCUUCGCAGACCAGGAUUUCUUCUCCUCCAUCCUGGACGUUAUGACUCCAGAGGACGUGCGUGUCCUGGCUGAGACUGAGGACGAGCUGAGCAGGAAGGGAGAGUUUGAACGAGUGUUCCCCUCCCACUGCUCCUCACGAUACCUACGCUUCUUCGAACACCCGCGCUACCUCAACAUCCUGCUCAACCAGUGGGAGACCAAGUAUGGACAGAACAAGAGUGAAGGGAUCAGUGUGCUGAGGACUCUGUGUCAGAAAGGAGUCCACCUAGGAACCACAGACGCUGCACAUAUAUGGUCCAAGUCGACCUACGUUCCCAAGGCUGAUCACCCCAGGCAGGAGCCAAGCAGGUCGAGUGUGGUGGUGAGCCACAUAACCAGGUUCCAUCCAGACCAGGAGGAGUAUCGGGAGGUGCGGAGCGUCUCCACCUCCUCGCCCAGCCCCUCUCCCUCCCCCUCCCCCAGCCCCUCUCCCGGCUCUACAGCAGGGCUCUACAGCAGGGCGCUACAGCGGGGCUCUACAGCGGGGCUCUACAGCGGGGCUCUACAGCGGGGCAUUACAGCGGGGCUCUACAGCGGGGCUCUACAGCAGGGCCCCUGCACCGUCUGCUCUUCUACCCAGCCUCUCCUCAGCCCCCAGCCCCAGCCAUGGAGCCCCUCCGCAGCCCCCAGCCCCAGCCAUGGAGCCUCUCCUCAGCCCCCAGCCUCUUCUCAGCCCCCAGCCUCUUCUCAGCCCCCAGCCCCAGCCAUGGAGCCUCUCCUCAGCCCCCAGCCCCCAGCCUCUCCUCAGGCCCCAGCCCCCAGCCUCUCCCCAGCCAUGGAGCCUCUCCUCAGCCCCCAGCCCCAGCCCCCAGCCUCUCCUCAGCCCCCAGCCCCAGUCAUGGAGCCUCUCCUCAGCCCCCAGCCCCAGCCAUGGAGCCUCUCCUCAGCCCCCAGCCCCCAGCCUCUCCUCAGCCCCCAGACCCAGCCAUGGAGCCUCUCCCGGAGGUAA